AUGAAUGAACCGGCAAAAGCGUCCAAAAAGGACGGCCAAGAUGACGGCUUCUCCGUCACGUCCACCAGUGAGGAAAACGAGGAAGCCGACGACAUCUUCAACUUUGUCGGGAUUCUUGCAGAGAGGCAGGUCGGUGGAGCGACCAUGUAUCUGGUCGAAUGGGAGGACUAUCCGCUGUCAAAGGCAACAUGGGAGCCCCGUGAACACUUCGACCCCGGAACUUUCUCCAAGUGGGGAGAGUUCAAAAAGGAAAGCGGCAGAAGAACAGCGCCCGAUUUCAAAAUAGCCGAUUGGAAGAAGGCCAUUCAUGACGAGGUCACAUUGAAGCGUACGCGACACGAGGCGCGCAAUGCCAAAAGAAUUUCACAGGGUCGACAGCCGACAGCCUUCCGAAACUUUGGGGCGGACUAUCUGGAGGUUAUAGAGGAGUCGCUCGAAGACUUUGAGGAACCUGAUAAUGAGAUGACCGUUCCCCCAGAGUCAGUCUCGUGCAACAGGCUCAAGACUGCCGGCUCCGCGUCCGCCUGGUUCCUCAGGCAAACAAAUACCAGCGGCUCAGACGCUGCCAAUAAAUCAGCCACGCAGGCCAAGUGUCGCGCACGCACCAUCUUGGAUGCCGUGUCAGACAUAAACAAGGAGCCCAAGAUGCUCAAGCUUCGUCACCAGAACAUUGUGCAGAAGCGGCUUCGGGACAGGGAGGGCCUUGUUGCACCCGCUCUUCCGCCGAAUCGGCUCGUUGCCUUAGGCAACAGUACGUCCAGCCUUGUGCGUUCGAAUUCUACCGCAGGCCUUGGGCUUGACACCGUGGCCAACGCCGAUGACGAUGAUGACCUUUGGGAUGAUCGUGAAUCAUCAGACCUGGAGAUGACUACUGAUCUUCCCCAGAACCCGAAGCCUGCUGAUGCGGUGCCGACUCAGCCGGGUACUGAAUCUCUCGAUCCGUCAGAAAACCAAACGGUAGAGAACAAGAAGAAACGGAAGCGGUCGGUUCGUUGGGACGACACGGUCACCGUCGUGGAGGUCUCGGAUGCUCGUGAGGAAGAUCUGCUCUUCGGCCAAGACCCUCUGCUUCGAGAGACAGUGCAGUCCAGCGGUUGCCCAAAAGGCCCAGAGACACAGUCAAUUUCCAUACCAUGCCAGAUUGGCGCUGGAGAAGCAGAUCUGACGAUUUUGACAUUCUCUGGGUUGCCCGGCCACCAGAGUCUCCCGUGGCUUCAGCAUUUCAGCAACCAGACUCGAAUGAUCUUCACCCAUACGUGCACAGCACGGGACUUCGGCACACAGACUGAAUUGCAAGAGAGGCAUCUGUGUCGAGGCUUCAUCUCCAACGCGACAGGUGAAGAGAGAUUUGAAAAAAUUGCUCGUCGACUCAGGUCUGGGCUCUUGGGCCUGCUCUGCCACAACGGUGAAUAUUGUGUCUUCGUCUUCCCGGCAGAAGGCGAAGGCGAGCCUUGUGAACCCAAGAAAGACACUGGCGUCUCGCCCGGCUGCCUGCUCAACUACUCCGUCAUCAGGCCUAGCGUCUUUCUUGAACCGUCCAUGCUUGCUCCCUUGACUUGCGCAAACUCGCGAGUUGGGUCUGAGGCAGGCCCAAUGCGAGAUGUGCCAGUUUUCGACAUGUUCUUCGAGCUCGAGUAUGACCAGCUGCUGCCCCCGUCCGCUCGACGCGAAAACAGACACAAUUUCUUUCUUGCAUUCCCUCCGUCCGCUCGGCAGGAAACAAACCUUAUUUCCCAGUGGUUGCGCUACUUUGACGCCGACUGCAACAUCAAAAGCAGCUUGCAUCCAGGCAGCUGGUCAAGCUUCCUUAAGUAUGAUCAUGGUACCCUGAUACUGCACGAAGAUGCCAUCUGGGCCGUCCGCCUAUUCCCAAACUUUGCGAACCUGCUUCGCGCUCCAAGCGGGACCUUCAAGUUUUUUCUCUUCAAGGGAGCAGAUCCCCUGCCGCACGUGCCUCCAUCCCGGGAUUCCUUGUGCCUGAGCAGCGGCGCCAGCAAACAGUUAUCCCCUAUUUUCCGCCCGGGAACGGCUUUUCUGGUGACGCCGAGCUUCCUUCUGUCGCAACCAGAACAGGCCUACGUAUUCGUCAAGUGGUUUUGGCAAAACUACUCACGGAGCAGCCAAACAUAUCGCCGAGGCAAGCUAGUCGUGUUCUCUGACAUUGAAGAAUGGACACUUCACUUAGCCCUUGAAACGUGGCGCAAAAACGACGAGAGAAGAGGCACCGACGAGGAGAUGCAUCGUCAUGGAUCGAGCCCGAGGUCGGCUGAAAUGGGGUUCAAGACGUGGAGCCUCUUGAGAAGUCUUGUCGCAGAUUCAACCGACGAGGAUGAUGGCCUUGUUGUGUUUGCACCCAACACUAUAAAUGGCAGCGACGAGCAAAGCUUGGUCAACUGGUUCGGCUGGUGGGCCAUCAUCAACAUGGACCAGUUUCGAAAGUUCUCUGUCAUCGGCUCCAGCAAUCAACACCCGUCUCGCCUGGCCGUGUGUGUCCCAUUGCCAAACUACCACGAAGCCGCCACGACGGCGUCUCAAGCAGCACCUGGAAAACAAACUGAUCUCGCAAUCCAUCAGAAUCAAGGCUCAGCGUGGCAGGUUGUAUACAACGACAGCGGGGUCACUUUGGCCCACUACAUAAAUCAGGUUGAGGAAGCGAUUCGCAGCGAGGGGUUCCGCCCGCUGGCCUUGUUCAAAUCCGCCGUCUCUUACUGGGACCCGGACAUGGCCUUUCACUUCAAAGAUUACACUUCGGCGUCCAAGUCAUUUAGGAGAUGGCUUGCCGUUUUCGCCGAGAACAUGAAUGUUGAGGAGAGCAGAUGGGGAUCGCGAGGCAUCGUCAACUCCUACGCCGGGUUUUUCUACACGAUCGAAGGCGCAUGGGAUCGCGCCAUGUAUCCCCAGGGCGUCAAGCCCACUCGUCGCCCAUGGGUCGCCAUCUUGCGUCCGACGAACCCGCACUGGAGGCCGUGGAGCGCCACGGAGCUAUUCAUAUGGGAUUGCAAAGCCUGGGCUCAGUAUCCCGGAGACUCGGCGGUGCAUCUGAAGGACCUCAUUUGCGCACAACGCGAGCUCAUCAAGCUUAUACAGGAGGAGAGCCAAACAACAUUUGAGCUCCCCCUCCAGCGGGUUUGGCUCGGCGGCUCCACGGCCGAUUGUGAUGGAGACCGCUUCUCGGAGCCACUCGACAUUGUCCUCAACUGGCUGGCAAAUCUUCCUCGCAACAUCAAGGAUCUGGUGCCCGCGCCAGAAAAUAAGAUACCUGAGAGAAAUUGGAAGGUGGUGCAUCCAGGGCAGGCUCUGGGCAAACCGGCAGAUUCGACGGCUCCAAGUCCGAUGGAUGUGGACUCGCCAGGGAGCGAGGUGGCAGGCCCGAAGUCGAUGAUAUUUCAUCCGCCGCGCGUGGAUGGCGAAACCCGGCGCUCCGAGUGCCGGAACAGGCUGUACAAUUGGGCGGAGAGAAUGCGGAAGCUGAGCAAGUCAGACUCGAUGGCGGAGUUUACCUUUGAGCCAACCAUGAGGUGGUACAACGAACAAGUGCAAAAGGGACAAGGCCUCCACCAUCUUGAUGUCUCACCCUGGAAGGCGACUUUUACUCGUCAUAAGAUCCCUGACCCUAAGGACGUCCCGGAUCAAGGGUAG